UUUUGCUUUACUUAACAAGUACAUUCAUAAUAAAUGCUUUUACUAUGGGCUUUUUCUGCCGCAGGAUUUUAGAUUUCGCUUUUAGCAGAGCAGCUUCUCUGUUUUUAUUAUCCUUUUAAACCUCAACAAGGCUCCGUUUCAGUUUUCGAUUUUAGAUUCUGCUUCCAGGUUAAUAUUUUCUUUUGGCAGAACUUGCGUACUGGUUUCUUUCCCUUCCUCGCGUUUAAGGACAACAGAGAAAAAUGAAGAUUUUUGCAGCUAAAGUUGAGGAAGGAAAAGAAGGGAAAGAUGGAAAUCCUUCCGUUGGUCCUGUUUAUCGAAAUUUACUAUCUAAAAAUGGGUUUCCUCCUCCUGAUCCUGAUAUUUCUACAGCAUGGGAUCUUUUCAGCAUCUCUGCAAAGAAGAAUCCUGGAAACAAAAUGCUUGGGUGGCGUAAAUUAGUUAAUGGAAAGGUGGGGCCUUAUGUUUGGAAAACUUAUAGGGAAGCGUAUGAAGAAGUUUUGAAAAUUGGUUCUGCAUUAAGAGCAUCUGGUGCUGAACCUGGCUGCCGAGUUGGAAUUUAUGGAUCUAACUGUCCUCAAUGGAUUGUGGCAAUGGAGGCUUGCAAUGCCCAUAGCUUGGUUUGUGUGCCUCUAUAUGAUACCCUUGGUCCAGGUGCUGUUAAUUUUAUUCUAGAUCAUGCAGAGAUUGAUUAUGUUUUUAUCCAAGAUAAGAAGGUCAAAGAAUUGUUGAAUCCAGAUUGUCGAUCUGCUUCCCAGCUUAAAACCAUUGUGUGUUUCACUUCCUUCACAGAGGAAGAGAAGGAGAAGGCAUCUCAAAUGCAGAUAAAGCCAUACUCUUGGGACGAGUUUCUGUACUUGGGAAAAGAGAACCCAUCAGAAAUAUCUCCACCUCAGCCUUUUAACAUUUGCACAAUAAUGUAUACAAGCGGCACCAGUGGAGAACCUAAAGGCGUUGUGUUAACACAUGAAACAUUGGCAUAUUUCGUAAGAGGCAUUGAUCUAUUUCUAGAACAAUUUGAUGACAAGAUGACAGCCGACGAUGUGUAUCUAUCUUUCUUGCCUCUUGCUCAUGUUCUCGAUCGCGCGAUUGAGGAAUACUUUUUCCGGAAAGGUGCAUCUGUUGGCUACUAUCACGGGGAUUUGAAUGCAUUGAGAGACGACUUGAUGGAGUUGAAGCCAACAUUUUUAGCUGGUGUACCUCGAGUCUUCGAAAAAAUACAUGAAGGUAUAAAACAAGCAUUAGAAGAACUGAAUCCUGUAAGAAGGCGAAUUUUUCAAGCUCUAUAUAACUACAAACUUGGUUGGAUGAAUCUAGGUUAUAAGCAGAAAUACGCUUCACCAUUGGCAGAUUUUUUAGCCUUCAGGAAGGUCAAAGCUAAGUUAGGUGGUCGUCUUCGACUAGUUGUAUCUGGAGCUGCAUCUUUAAGCACUGAAAUCGAAGAAUUCUUGCGAGUUACUUGCUGUGCUUUUGUAGUCCAAGGCUAUGGGUUGACAGAGACCUGUGGACCGGUGACACUCGGAUUUCCAGAUGAAAUGUGCAUGAUGGGAGCCGUUGGAUCAGUAGCUGUAUAUGAUGAGCUACGUCUCGAGGAGGUUCCGGAGAUGGGCUACGAUCCUCUCAGUAAUCCUCCUCGUGGCGAAAUUUGCGUACGAGGAAAAACUAUCUUCUCUGAAUACUAUAAGAAUCCUGAGCUGACAAAGGAAAGCAUGAAAGAUGGAUGGUUUCAUACAGGAGACAUAGGGGAAAUUUAUCCAAAUGGAAUUGUGAAAAUCAUUGAUAGGAAAAAGAAUCUUGUAAAAUUAUCACAAGGAGAAUAUGUUGCACUUGAGUACUUGGAAAAUAUUUAUGGCGUCACACCCAUUAUCGACGAUAUGUGGGUGUACGGACACAGCUUCAAGUCAAUGCUAAUAGCAGUAGUUGUGCUCCAUGAAGAUAAUACUAAAAAAUGGGCACAUUUAAAUGGUCAUAUGGGUUCAUUUCCUGAACUGUGCUCUCUUGAUCAGUUAAAGGACUAUGUUAUUUCAGAACUAAAGUCCACUGCAGAACGAAACAAGCUGAGAGGCUUUGAGUAUAUUAAAGGAGUGAUUUUGGAGUCUCGCCCUUUCGAUAUGGAAAGAGACUUGGUGACAGCAACAUUGAAAAAGAAAAGAAAUAAAUUGCUCAAUUAUUAUCAGGUGGAAAUUGAUGAACUUUACAGAAAAUUGACUGUGAAACGAGCAUAAAUGCAUAAACAACCAUCUGCAGUUCAAAUAAUUGCUUAUUACUGCACAUUCUGUCCUCUGGAAAUAAGAUGUUAGGUAUUUGUAUCUUAGUAUUCUUGAAUGUAAGUAUUCCAGUUUGAUGGAAGGGCAGAAGUUAUAAACUUGUUUUUUGCUGUAUUUCAUAUUCAUAAUUAUCAAAUUUCAAGUAAUAGAGCUCGUUUAUUUUGGACGUUCCAAAA